AUGCCACGUUCCGGGCUUCCAUGCGUUGCGGAAGCCCAGAACGGAUGGGAUAAAUGGGCGCAAAUGGGCGCAAAUGGGCGCGAAGCCAGGGUCCACGCUUUGGGAAACUUGGACGAAAAUUGUCAGAAGCCAAAGGCUAGCUCCCACGCCGAAGCCGCCGGGCAGCUAUCCUUCCGGACUCUCCUCAUCUUGUUGCCUACUCAACCGCUCCAGUCCAGAGAGGAUCGCAGGAUACCCAUUAAAUUUCUGACUGAAUGCAUCGACUCCGGUGUUGCCAAGGACAAGCUCUGGAGCAAGAAUGAUGCAUCACGAACAGGCGAAGCCGAAUGUUUUGAGAGAGGCUACAGGGCGAUCUUGAGUCUGGUCGGAUUAGUUCGCGAUUGGGGUGUAAACAAGCCGAUUCAAGCUCGAUCUGUACAGGAAGUUCACACCGUCCAUUGA